CAUUGAUCAUUGAUGUAUGCCUAGAGUUGAAGUUGGCGCUUCUGGUAAUCCACAUGUUUAUCUGUCACUCACGAAAAGAGAGCUGAUCUCCGGCUUUCCAUUUUGCCGCUUUCUAUUUCUCAGAAAGGUUUUAUUGUGGUUGUAGUUUAGCCGCCACACCCUCCUCGCGAAGAAGACCUUGCCUGACCUCGUUCACAGGUAAGAAUAUUCCUGAUACAUAUUCGCAUGGCUUUGUUUGGUUGAAGUCUUGUUCAAACUGCACAGAGUUACGCGUAUACCCAAAAUACAAAUAAUAUUUGGGUAAGGAACCCGUUGACGAGCAAAAUAUGCUAAUCCAACCACAACCACUACUUGGAGGGAUUCAAACCUACUUUUUUUGGGGAUAAAAAAAUACAUACUCGGAGGGAUUCAGACCUACUUGGAGGGCACGACACGCCAAAGCCAGCUUUAUGACAGAGCUAGUGUUACUUAAUAUACUAAUCAAGGCCAUAUAUAUAAACAAGGAGCCGAAGCUCUUGAUCGACCAGGCCCCAUCCCAUGGCCAACAGAGUAAAUUACACGGCGCUGCCGCCCAGAGAGUCGCCGGCCAGGCCGACGACGCUGCACGACAUCCCCGACAAGCUCCUCAAGCUCAUCCUCUUGUACCUCACCUCGCCCCAAUGGCUCGUCCGAGCUGCAGCCACCUGCAAGCAAUGGCGCCGCAUCAUCGUUGAUGCAAACUUCCUCUCUUACGUUGGUUCCAGCCCCCAUCCCUUAUCUCUUGUGGCAGGCCUUUAUCAUAACCGCACAUCCCCUGUUGACGGUCGCCGCCACAGCUUUGUUCCUUCCUCGCCAGUGCUAGCUGUCAAUAGCCGCCACUUCUCCCUGGACUUCCUCCCUGCAGGUGGCAGCAGGUCAUGGGAGAUCGUUGAUAGCCGCCACACCCUCCUCCUCCUCGCCAAGAAGAAGACUGGGUGGAGACGUCAUACCUUGCCUGACCUCGUAGUCUGCGAGCCCCUCACACGGCGUUACCAACUAAUCCCACGCAUGGAGGAAAAGAAAUACCACCGAUGCAUUGGUGUAUUCCUCCAUGGUUUCAAUGACAGAGGAGAUACCUCGCGGUGGGGCCGUGCCAUCGAUGAAAUGUCGAGUUUCAGAGUGAUUUGCCUGCUCUUCAAUGAGCACAUCGGGCUAUCUGAUAACAUUGGCACAGCGAACGCCUACGCGUUCCAAGAGGGAUGGAGGGGGAAGCGUGCCAGCUGGUUCAUCGUCAAGUACCCAGAGAGGGCCAGUCCUGAAUUCCGCUUCCAUGCCACGGAAUCCCUGCAUUUCCUUGGUCGUGCCCAAAUUUCUAUAUUCUGGGCCAUGCAAGAUGACCCUUCCUCUUUGCUAACUUAUAAUUUCCAGUGGAAAGACGAGUUUGAGAUCCUCGCAUUGCCGGACCACAUCCGAGGAUCGGCUUUGUGGGCUCUCGAUAUCAACGACGACAACGACGACAUGGUGCAUCUUGCUUGCUUGCAGGGCGACAACCUUCGCAUCUUUGUGGCAAGGUGGUAUGAUAGCCCCGACUGGGAGCUUCAGAAGAGCAUCCAAUUAAUGGAGGCUACCCGUGGACUGGAAGGGCACAAGGAUGAGUAUUUUUGUCAGUCUACCAAGAUUGUCUCAACCAGCACGAGCUCUAUCGUGUUUUCUCCGGCAGAGGAGAAAUGGCUAUUCUCCAUCGACUUUGAGAGCAUGGAGGUGGCGAAAUACAAAUACAAGACAGAUUCUUUUCAAACUGUGGCUUAUCCGUGUGAGCUUCCAUGGCUACCUGCCAUUCGUGCUUGUAUUGUGCCUUGUACUACUACAAGACGGGGCAAUCGCGGAUGUUCUGGUAUUUGUAUAUGUCGAAGUCUCUAACUACAUUUGUAUAUACCAUAAUGUCCUCAUGGAGUGAAAACUACGGAGAUUCAUCUGAAUGCGAGGACUUAAUCGCUCAGUUCAAGGUUGCAGCUAAAGCAAUUGGUUCAGGUUUUUGACCAAGGUCCAAAGGCGCCGCGGUAGCCAGAUGGGCGAUGGAGUACUGUAGCUGUGUAGAAAGUUCAGGAGAAGAGGACGACCAGCCAGGGUGCGUGUUUACUGGAUGGAGACGCGACGUACCUCAAGUGUUUACUGGAUGGAGACCACCUUGUGCUAUACCGGUUGGUUUACCUCUAAGACAACGGCGCGCGAUUAUGAAGGUCCUGUACCGCCUUGUGUGGACAGUCGUAUCCAUCACCAUGUUCUCAAGGAUCCUCUACUCCGUGACGCAAUAUUAUGGGAGAUGUCUGCUAAACGCUCAAAUAUGGCGACUUCAGAAUACUUGAUGAUUAACAACGUAGCACCACUCAGCUCUACUAUAUAUAUGAGGUAUCAGUAAACUGGUCUGCAUGCAGGAUGCGUUCUGAGAUUAUUUCCAGAACCUGAGUUGGUAUGAAAUGGUCAAGAUCAUGCUGCUCAAUUCACAAACCCAUCAUAAUUUAUUAACUGACGAUGGUGGCAUGUCAAAUUAGCUUCCUGGUAAGAUGUAGCUGAAAUCAUAGUUUUGUGUGUGAAAGAACUCCCAGAGGACUGAGUAUUCUAGCUACAGGGGUGACAGAAUAUGGCCUUCAUACUAUUGGGCCAUCUCAUUGAUUAUUUUCUUAGCUGGCCGUCUGGUUGAUUUUGAUGAAUAUAUAAAUGCCCAGCUCUAUACCUCUAGUAUCUUCUUCCAUUCAUACAUCCAUGUGCCAAUAAAAAACCUCUCUCGAAUCUCGAUGCCCUUCGGGUGUCUUUCUCAAAAAAGAAAGCAUGUCUCAUCUUAAUAAAUGAAAAUCUUAUAUAUAAUAACACCUAAACUCCUACAUUACCAACAAAUAUCUGAGUUAGAAUCAAGUAACCACCUGACAUCCCCUUAAUUAGAUGGCAUGUGAACAAUAGGCUCAGAAUUCUAUUCAAACUUAAUUAGAAUGCAAACAAGAAGAGGAGGCUAAAUUGUUGGUUGUGGUUCCUCUCAUCCCCUAUACGAGUUGUUAUGGCGCUGGCAUGGCAGGUGUCAUGUACACACGCACGCGAUUUUUAUUUUUUGACUUUGGUUGCAAAAUAUUUGUCUACUAUCUAUCCAUCUACCUAUGGGAUCGACUUUUCUAUGGAUCGAGUCAUACAUGCUGCCAAGGUAGAGAAGGCUGGUAGACUAAUGUGAGAUGACUAGACGUCUUAAUCAAUCGGUUAAUUUGCAGGCGAAGGCGGAUUAAUUAGCACGGUCUAGGACGCAUGCAGCUGCUCUGCGUGACGAGUACAAGGCCAUAUCCAUUUGCACCCUCUUUCAUCAAACUAUCAUCCAUCCACUGCUAGAUGAGCUCAAUUCCAUAGAUUUUCAGUUAGGGCCGACUCUCGUGGAAACAAUCUGUCUAUGUUGUUACUGGUAAAUAUAGUUCUCUCAUUUUUCUGGGAUUAGCAAGUAUACUCGUGCGCUGCACCGGGAGAAAAUAAAUUACACCUUUGAUACAAUAAACAUGACUCAAGACUCACCCCCACCAAGCCGCCACACGUCAUUUAUUUCGGCACGGCAUGCCAUCCAUGUCGCUGCUUAUCCUCCUAGCCCUCGUCAACCAGUUGCCACCACUUGUCAUUUGAAAGAAUAGUAUCACUUUCUUGAAUCUCUGUACAUUGAGGAAGUACUAUUGGAUUUCUCGGUAAAACAACAAUAAAUUUAAGAGAGAAAGAAAUAUAGGCAAUUAACCGUCCACAUGAGACAUCUCAAGAGCCAUGCUUGCCUACAUAAGGGACA